AUGCACCACCCCGAUCCACCCCAAGACCUCCGCAUCCCCCGCUCCACCCUCGAGAAAAUCUACCUCAACCCUCCCACGGACGUGAAAGGCGAGUUUCGGAAUACUUUCGCGAAUCCGACGCCUCUUGGACUCGUGGGGUUUUUGGUCGCUACGGUUCCGAUGAGUCUCAGUUUGAUGGGAUUACAUGGUGGUAAUGGAGGGGGAGGGGGGCAGGCGACUGUGGCUUUCGGCCUCUUCUUCGGCGGCGUGCUCCAACUCCUCUCCUGCCUAAUGGAGUGGAUCCUCGGCAACACUUUUUCCUUCCUCGUCUUUGGCUCUUUCGGAGCCGCGUGGACGGCGUUGUCGUGCUCCAAUUUACCCGCUUUCGAUGCGAUGGGCUCCUACCUUACCGGAGCGAAUACGCCGGAGGAAAUCGCGAGGGGAAAAGCGGCGUUUUCGGCGGAUUUCGCAUUCGGCCUCGCCACCUUCGCUUUAUUGGUGCUCACAUUCGCCCUCUGCUCUCUGCGCACGAAUCUCGUGUUCUUCAUCACUUUCCUGCUCGCUACCGCCGCAAUUUCGUUGUUGGCGGGUUCCUACUGGGCACUCGCUCUCGAAGCCGCCCACACAGCGGCAGAAAUGCAGCGAGCGACGGGCGUGAUUCUGUUCACGUGCUGUGUGUUGGCGUGGUAUUUGCUCGUGGCGAAUUUGUUGGAGGUGUUGGAGUUUGGAUGGGAGUUGCCGGUUGGGGAUUUGAGUGGGAGGUUUGGUGGAGGGAAGAGGGAGGGGAAGAGGGAGUGGAGGGAUCGGUCGAGGAGUGUGUGA